CAGAUACACGGCUGGCCACAUUAUAUCCCAAACUUACACAUAGUGAAACGUUCGUUAAUUCAAAGUGAUGUAGCAAGAAUCUCUUUGAACAGACGGACCUUCCUCAGUGACCUCCCUAUUGCAAAUGAUGGUGCGCAACCGGACCGGAGCGGGUUUUCUUUCCCUGCGUUCUGAGCAGUUUGCUGAAGUGAAGCGAUCAGGACUGGAGUGACUAAACUACGAGAAGCAUUUCUGAGUCACCGAAGUAUGUUGAAAUUUCUCAACAAUCUCAGUGCAAGCUGACGAAGACAAAAUCAUUCGAGGAGAGCCAAACUUCCGCAGGCGCAGUUCUAGUCGUCCACAUUGGCGCAGCGAAGCGCAGGAGUUCGGCUCGGCUUUUCUGCGUGUAGACAGACAGCACCGUGUGCAGGAGGGUAUACAGAGAGACUCCUGCGGGGUAAUUGUUUGCAGCCUGCAGAAGCAGGUGUUUUCGCUGAUCCGCCUGCGAGGGACGGAGGGGGGCUUAUCCUCAUCUUUCUUUCUAAGACUGGUGAGAAGAAAAACGAAAAGAAACCCGAGGAUAAUGUUGCACCAAGAACAAUGAGUGCAGAGUUGUCGCAUUUUACCCAAAUCCACACAUGCUCUGUAGAAUUCAGUUUUCAUGAGCAAUUCUGACUCAUCUUUGGAAUUUUUAGAGAGAAAAAAGUGGAUCCAACGACUUUGCAACCAUGCGAAAUACUUGGCUGAAUCCCCGGAGUGCGAUUUGGGAAUAUUGGACUUCGCUGAUUGCAUUCCUCUUUUGGAUUCAGUACUCUUGCGGGAUGCCUCACGUUAUACGAAUUGGUGGAAUUUUUGAACAGACAGACGGACCUGUUUCACUUGUUAGUGCAGAAGAACUUGCCUUUAAAUUUGCUGUGAAUAAUAUAAACAGAAACAGGACUUUGUUGCCUAACACAACAUUAACAUACGACAUACAGAGGAUUAAUAUCUACGACAGCUUUGAGGCAUCAAGAAAAGCUUGUGACCAGCUGUCGUUAGGUGUGGUUGCAAUAUUUGGGCCUUCACAUAGCUCAUCUUCAAAUGCUGUGCAGUCCAUCUGCAAUGCACUGGAAGUGCCACACAUCCAGGUGCGGUGGAAACAUCACCCAAUGGACAACAGGGACACUUUUUAUGCCAAUUUAUACCCAGAUUACUCAUCAUUAAGCUAUGCCAUUCUGGACCUUGUGCAGUAUCUUAAAUGGAAAACAGCCACUGUUGUAUAUGACGACAGCACAGGUCUAAUAAGGUUACAGGAGCUGAUAAUGGCCCCAUCAAGGUAUAACAUUCGAUUAAAGAUCCGCCAGCUUCCUCUAGAUACAGAAGAUACAAGGCCUCUUCUUAAAGAAAUGAAGAGAAGUCGGGAGUUCCGCAUCAUCUUUGACUGCAGUCACCACAUGGCUGCACAAAUUCUCAAACAGGCCCAGACCAUGGGGAUGAUGACAGAGUAUUACCACUAUAUCUUCACCACUCUGGACCUGAUGGCUAUUGAUCUUGAGCCAUAUCGCUUUUGUGGUGUCAACAUGACUGGCUUUCGCAUCCUCAAUGUGGACAAUCCCCAGGUUGCAUCUAUUGUGGAGAAAUGGUCAAUGGAAAGGCAAAUUCCACCUAAGCCAGAUUCAGGCCUGCUGGAAGGCAUCAUGACGACAGAUGCAGCUCUGACCUAUGAUGCUGUCCACAUUGUAUCCGUCUCAUACCAGCACGCUCCACAGAUGACUGUGAACUCACUGCAGUGCCACCGACAUAAACCCUGGAGAUUCGGAGGCCGCUUCAUGAGUUUCAUCAAAGAGUCUCACUGGGAUGGUUUGACUGGAAGAUUGUCCUUCAACAAGACAACUGGGUUACGUACAGACUUUGACUUGGACAUUGUCAGUCUAAAGGAGGAUGGACUUGAAAAGGUGGGGAAGUGGAGUGCGUCAGGAGGUCUUAACAUCACGGAAGUGCCGAAGCGAAAAGGAAUGAACAUCACUGAUUCUCUGUCUAACCGUUCUCUUGUCAUCACCACCAUUCUGGAGGAGCCAUAUGUCAUGCUUAAGAAGUCUGACAAGGCACUGGUUGGGAACGACCGAUUUGAAGGAUUCUGCAUCGACUUGCUGAAAGAGCUCGCCAAAAUCCUGGGCUUCACAUAUGAGAUCCGCCUGGUGCCUGAUGGAAAAUACGGCUCACAGGAUGACAAGGGACAGUGGAAUGGCAUGAUUAGGGAACUUAUAGAACAUAGAGCAGACUUGGCAGUGGCCCCUCUCACCAUUACCUAUGUGCGUGAAAAAGUCAUUGACUUCUCAAAGCCCUUCAUGAGUAUGGGCAUCAGCAUCCUGUAUCGCAGACCCAAUGCCACAAACAGCGGCUUCUUCUCCUUCCUAAACCCCAUGACUCCAGACAUCUGGGUGUACAUUCUACUGGCGUACCUGGGUGUUAGCUGUGUUCUUUUUGUCAUUGCAAGGUUUAGCCCGUAUGAAUGGUACGACGCUCAUCCCUGUAAUCCUGGUUCGGACGUGGUGGAGAACAACUUCACACUCCUCAACAGCUUCUGGUUUGGAGUUGGUUCCUUAAUGCAACAAGGCUCGGAACUGAUGCCCAAAGCCCUAUCGACCAGGAUAAUAGGUGGAAUCUGGUGGUUCUUCACGCUCAUCAUAAUAUCGUCAUAUACUGCUAAUUUAGCAGCUUUCCUUACCGUGGAGAGGAUGGACUCACCCGUGGAUUCAGCUGAUGACAUUGCCAAGCAGACCAAGAUUGAGUAUGGUGUGGUCAGAGAUGGAGCAACAAUGGCUUUCUUCAAGAAAUCAAAGGUUUCUACAUUUGAGAAGAUGUGGGCCUUCAUGAGCAGUAGGCCGAGAACGUCUCUGGUGAAGUCUGUGGAAGACGGGGUUCAGAGGGUGCUGAAGUCUGACUAUGCACUCAUUACAGAGUCCACCACCAUUGAUUAUAUCACUAGGAGAAACUGUAACCUGACACAAGUGGGAGGGCUUAUUGACAGCAAAGGCUACGGCAUCGGCACUCCCCUCGGCUCGCCAUACAGGGACAAAAUCAGCAUAGCAAUCCUCAGCAUCUUGGAGGAUGGGCUUCUCCACGUUCUGAAGGAGAAGUGGUGGAGCGGAAGCAGCUGCUUGGACGAGGAGCGUCGCGAGACGGGCCCCAUGGGGAUCCAGAACCUGGGUGGUAUAUUCAUUGUGCUGGCAUCUGGUCUGGUGCUGUCUGUCUUUGUGGCAAUUGCUGAAUUUAUCUACAAGCUGAGAAAGACCGCUGAACGUGAACAGGUCUUUGUGCAGCGCCAUGGUGGACGAGAUCAGACUGUCGUUCACUUGCGAGAGACGGGUGAAACACAAGCCUCAGCCCCCGGUCAUGGUGAAGACGGAUGCAGUGAUCAACAUGCACGCCUACAACGACCGGCGACUCCCAGGAAAGGACAACAUGAGCUGCAGCACUGGGAUGACUCCUGUGUUCCCCUGACAAUGUGUUCCCUGCAGAGCAAGAACCUCGUGAGCAACAUUUCAGGGGCAGUGUCAGAGCCCAGGGACAAUGGCAUAGACGGGAUUACCAGAUACAUCAUUAACAACAGUGACAUGGGAACACUUACAAAACAUGGGCAACUCAAAUUGGCAGCAUCAGCCACACAGGUAUGACAGACACCACUGUAAUCAAUACAAUAAAAAAUACUUGGUUGUGGUUGUAGAGGUCGUGCCAGGAGCAGAAAAACAACCUGACAAAGGAAACGGUACACCCAAAUAUGAAUCAGUUCAAGUCUGAUGUUUACAUAUGUACCACAAGAGAAAACACAAUAUUCAGUGGACACUGAGUCACUUAAAAAAUUUAAAAUUUUAUGUAAAAACAUGGCCUGGGAAAUGAAAAAAGGCUUUUUGAAAAUGGCAAUAAAUGACUUUGAUACAGUUCCAGAAGGAGAAGGGAAUUUUGUGAUAAAUCAUGCUUAUAUAUGAAGUUCUUUUGUUGAGCCUGUUGAUUUUCACAAAACUGAAUGACCUUUGGCAGCAGAAAUAUGUACAAGUUCAGCUGGGUGACUGUGUCAUUUAGUGUUGGCAACACUGUGACUGGUAGAACCUACAGCAAGAUGUGAAACAAUAAAUUUACAUCCAAUGUAGCUGUGAUGUGAACCUAAAAAUAUCAUCAUACAAAAACAACCACAAUCACUCAUGCAAAGUGGAUUGUGGACACAUCAACUGUAUAUUAAAAACAUAAGAUUCUAACUUGGGAUAUUUGACAUGAUUUUUGACAUUUUUUCAAGGUUAAUUUUUCUUUCAAAUUACUUUGUACAUAAUUAGAUUUUUACCAGAUAACAUGUUGAUUGCCAAAGACCUGACCAUUCAACAAAUUUAUACUCAGAACAUCAAGAGUGACAGCUCUUUAAUAACCAGGUGUUCAAUUAACAGUGAAUUGGAGGGGCUGAAGCGGGACUUAAAGGACUCAUUUUCCAGUUUAUUUGCUGUAAGAGGCAUUCAAAUGUAACUAUCUGUGUCUGGAUAUGGACAGGCAUGGCUCACUAUGUGACUCCAAUUAUGAUAACGUGGAAAAAAGAACACCAUGAAAUCAAAUCAUUCACACAAAAAUCUAAAACUAAAAUGGAUAACAAUAUUUGACCAAUUUUAGUAAAAAAGCAUAACAUAUUUUAAUUUGUAUUAAAACGUCACUUCGGUUUUAACAGAAUAAGAUGAUAUAUAGCAUUUCUUGACAACCUUUUUCAUUUUGAUAUAUAGACUAAAGCAAAAAAUAGACUCAUCACCUAUGGAACUGAGCAUACAUUUUUAGUGCUUUAAUUUACACCAUCAAGGCAUAACAAGAUGAAUAUUCGAAGGUGAAGACAAGAAAACUGAUUAGAAUUUCAACUUGAUACUCAGUACCGGGUGAGAUAAAUUUGAAAAGAAGUGAAUAUGUAAUACAUAUAGUUGCUGCUUACAGGCAGGAAAAUGCAGAAGUGUAUGAAUUUGAGUAAGAGCUUAAGAAGGGCCUAUUUGUGUUGAACUGAAUCAGAACAUCUACAAAACUGGAGCUCUUGGUUGUGGUCUGCCGCGGACAGUUUAAAUUUAAAUUGUCCAAGGAAAAAAAGUGAUGAUCUGGGACCACAGUCAGUUAAGACUUAUUGAUGCACAUGAACAGAAAAGGGUAGCCUGCUUGGUCCAACAGAUGUGUUGUGGCUCAUGACACAUCUGUUAUGUAGUAUUAAAAAAGAUAAUACUACUGCAUCGGGGAUUAUUGAAUAAGAAACUGCAUAGCUACAGAUAAGUUUGGAUGCCCAUCCAUUUGCUGAUCCCUGUCCACUGUCUCAGACCUGGAAAUAGGACAGUGGAAGAUGAUGGAAUGGUUCCCAUGCAGGGUGUUUCUCUUUAUUUUGUAUUUUUUACAUGGAUGGCCCUCAGCCUUGCCUAUCUGGGAAAUACAAAGCACUGCAGGAAAAAGACAAGCAAGCACAGGCCAUGUGAUACCAUGGGCAAUGUCUUGAUGAUAAACUUUGAGUUCUGAGAUCUAUGAGGUUGUUGCUUUGGCAUGUACCAGUUACUCAAGCAUUCUUGCAGAUCAUGCAUACCAUUAUAUAAAAUAAUUUCCCUGAUGAUUGUAGGCUCAUUGGAAAUAAUGUUCCAUGCCAUAAAAUGAAAAAUGUUUCUCCAGUACUUUGAUUUGUCAAAUUACCCUCCAAAUUUUCCAACUAUCAGUCUAAUUGAGCCUCUGUGGCAUGUCUAAGACUGACAAGUCUGAUCUAUGGAGGCCCCAUCCAAACGUCACAGGCCUGUUAAAUGACCUGUUGCUAACAUCUUGGAGCCAGACACCACAGCAGACCUUCACGGGACUCGUGGAGUCCAUUAUUCGACUAAUCAUGGAUGUGUUGUUGGCAAAAGCCAAGACCAACCCACUAUUUGUCAUGUGGCAGUAAUCCCAUGCUUUAAUUGGUGGAUACAAUAAUUAUUUUCUAUAUUCUUCUCUUUUAGCGGAAAACAAAUAUCACACUGAUAUUAGCUAAUGGUCUACCUGGGCUAUUUGCAGUUAUUCACAGUUGACUACUGAAUACGCUGCUGGAAGCUAGCGACCAUAACAGGAGGGAUCAUUGACGCUCCUUCACUUUUCUUGAAAUAUCUUGUUUUACCCAUUCAACAAUGUUUCUUUACAGAUUUAUUAUAAGCAAUGAAAAAUUAGUGGAGUCAUCUUUUAGCAGUGUCCAGAAACAGUUUGGGAAGGAGUGGUGUUCCAUUAAAUAGACCAAUAAAAAUGAUGGUUACUCCAGAACUGUCUGGACAUUAAAUGGUAAGGUACAUUGAAAAAUUUGAGUAUUUCUUGCCAGUCUUCUCAGAAAGUGAAACCCAUAUUAUAAAGAAUCAUCACAUAAGUAAUUAUAUAUUUUUGUUUCUUGUAAUUUUAAUGAAUAUGGUUUACAGGUAAAUAAAACUCAAAAUCAACUGCCUCAGAAAAUUAGAAUAUUGUGAAAAAGACCAUUAUUUAAAUUCCUGGUGUCUCAUGAUAAUUACCCAAUUAACUCAAAGAACUUGCAAAAGUUUCCUUUGGUUUUACAUAGUCUUAUCAUAUAGAACGACAAUUUUGGUGUCUGAGAUGACUGCCAAGAAAUACUGCACUUUUACACAAUAUUAGAUUUUUUUAGAUCUACCUGUCAUAUUAUGGACUAAUGGAAUGAUAUCACUGUAACUUGAUAACUAAGAUUCAGUAUUCCUUGUUUCUAGUAAAUGAUCCAUACCUAGUCCAGGCAUUGCAGCUUCUUCAUGUAAGCCUUUACAUUUUGUUGAACCUUGUCCUUUAUUGUCCUCCCAUGUUUUCAUGAAAUGACAAGUCUGCACAUAAGCUAAGUUAUAUAAAGUUUUGCCAAUAGACACAUUGAUCAGCAUUGACUAAAACAGAUAACAUUAGAUAAGGUUUUGUGUUUAUCCACCUUAUUCCUACAAGCUUUAAAAACAUUGAAGUUGAAUUGCAUUGUAAAAUGAAAAUAAAUUUUCUGCAGACACAUAUGAAAGACAUUAUGUUUCAGUACUGUUACAAUUUUUAUACCCUAAAUAAGGGCCAUUAUGAGUCGUGGAUGACCAGCCUAGGUGACUUAUUGCAAACCAGUUACAUCAGUAAAAGUAUGUCGAGCUAGCAAAACUAAUUUUGUUACUCCAACUUCUUCUACCUUCCUGGAAAUAGCAUCAACAAUCAAUACUACAGCAACAGCUCUGGGUGUAAGGUGGAUAUCUUAAAAGAAUAAAUAACUGGUAUUUAAUGAAAGUUAAGUGCAUUUAAUCAGGCUAUACUCAUUAAAUUCUGAACUGCUCUUUGGUUGAUUGUGACCACAGAGUGCCUGGAAGCUGCAUUUUGCAAACCCUUUCCAUGUCAGGUAUAAUUUACAAGAUUUUUAAAAAUAAGUUAUAAUUAUUUUAUUUUCGCAAAAUAAAAAAAAAGUCAUAAAAAAGACUUUAAAAAAAAUCAUUUUUGGUUAAAAAAUUUGAAGGGGAUCUCAGAAUAGACGACUGGUCGGCAUAAUUAUGUUAAGUGUGGACUUAUGCUGAAAGACUGUAUGGUAAUUUGAAAAAGAAUAGUCAAUUAUUCUUGUGUUUGUGUUGACUGUAAUGCCUAUAAAUUUUUUUACCUCCAGCAAAAUAACCCAGAAUAAAGAUUGGAGGAGUCUGUAAGAUCCCAUUAUGCUGAAGCAGAGAGAACAUUGAACCUCUGUGAGGUCAGUACACAGUGACAAAAGAAGGAAAAUGUCUAUUUAUGAUUCAAGAAAACUUUAAUCUGUAAAAUUUAGCAUUGGUUUGGUAGAGACUCGCUGUAUAAUUGUUUAUUGAUUCUCUUCUGCUAAGUAGAGUAUGUAGAUAAGAUUGGCAGGAGAAGAUGUAUUUUACUAAAUUUAUACAGUUAUAUAUUCAUUCUGUUCACAAAUAUGUUCUAGAUGCUAUUUAUUUCAUCAGGCCACUUUACCCUUCCUUCCCUCUUUAUCCCAAAUCCACUUCCCCCAAACCGUUUAUUUAAUAGAAAUACGUUUGAAAAUGAUAUAUUGGAUUCUUUUCUAUCUAGAUGAGAAAAUGUAUGUAAAUUGUCUUUUAUGAUGGCUAAUAUAUUUCUAUAUGGUGAAAAUUAAGUGGAAAGAUUGAGCUCCCCUAGGAGUUCAAGGGAUAUUCCCUCAGAGUAGGCAUUUCUUGUGUCAGUAGACCUUUAUUCUUCACAAAUUCCCCAUUACAACCUGGUCUAAGGUAUAACUGCUGCUGAUCUACGGCUAUACUAUUAUACCAUCACACUGAUGUGUACUGGAACUUUUCUUGCAGAUGAUUAAAAGUCUUUUGAGACUCAUUGUAAAACAUUUCUUUAAAGUGUGGCAACAACAAUAACUGAAUUAAAUUUUGUUGAUUCGAACAUGGCUGGUUCAGUCCAUUUGGUUAUUGAAUAUCAUUUUUUUUUUUAAAUAAAUAAUGUGAAUAAUGUCAUUUUACACAAAACUGUAAGAAAUGUGAGAGAAAAGUAACAGAAAAUGUAAUCUACAUAAACCUGUUCUAUUACCUGUAUGUGAUAAACGUUUUUAAUUUAAUCCUUUUUUAAUUUACGCCUUUUUUUUUUCUUUUUAUCCCUAAUGCUUCUAUCAUCUGGCAAAAAACUCUCCCAAAUAUAUGAGAAAUAUGUUGGUGCCAACCAGGGUUUUCUUUGUGAACAUACAGACUUUCUAUGAAUAUAGUUUUUGUAAGAUUUUGCUAAGAAAAUAUGAAAAAAACAUUGAAAAAGUGGGACAGGUGUAUUUGUUUUCAUUGUAACUGUAUGUGUAAAAAGAGCAUCUUAAUAAUACACUGGAGGGUAUCAGCAAACUACUAUAGAAAACUUACUGAACUAUUCUUUUUAACACACUGUGAAUAAUUUAAUUGUACAGUUUGCUGUAUGGGUUAAAUGAAGUUUUAAAUAAAAAAUACAACCUA